AUGCUCGAAUAUUUCACAUACAGAAAGUUCAAGAAGCACCAAGCGCAAAAGCAGGAGGCAGAGCAGAAACGCCUCAGCCAAGAGGCCGCAGACACUCCCGGCAACUCCAGCAACAUCCCACAGAUCGUCGAGCCCAAUGCAUCAGCCACGACGACAACAGAGGUCGGGUCACCGCUUCUCCAGGAUGAAGACGAGAGGUUCUUCAGGCUCCUCACAACCCAGGACGCCUCGCUCAUCACCCUAAAGGAUGCGGAGAACGGCGACGACGACGAGGGCCCCAGGCCGCCCCUGCCUCCGCGCAUAAAGACGCCAGAGAUUGGUUGGGACAGCGAUGCCGAGUCCUUCCUGGUUGCGAACAAGGGCAAGGGCAAAGAAAAGGCGGGAGAUGAAGCUGCGGCACCUGCUGUGGCGGAGAAGACAAAAGACGGCGACGGAAAAUUCACGAAUCGCAUCGGCCGCCGCAUCUCGGUGCUCGUUCGUCGCCCGGGCAAGAAGCAGCCCGACGUGAAGCCGAACCCCAAGCUCGCCGUCUCGGAAGAGGACGCCGAGCGGGAAAAGGACGACCUCACGCGCGUCCUCGACGACCUGAACCUUUCCGCCCAAAACAACCGCGUCUUCUCGCUGUCCAAGGAGUCGACGGAGCUUGUCAACUCCUUUACGCAGGUGUUGAAGGACCUGGUGAACGGCGUCCCGACGGCUGCUAACGACCUCAAGACGCUGCUCGAGGAUCCGGACGGCCACCUGGCAAAGAACUAUGAGAAGCUACCUGGGAGCCUGAAGAAGCUGGUGCAGCAAAUGCCCGACAAGAUUUCCGGCAGCCUGGCCCCGGAGCUCCUUGCCGCGGCGGCCAAGUCGCAGGGCCUGGAGCACACGGACAACUCCAAGGGCGGGAUCAAGGAGACGGCCAUGAAGCUGAUCAAGCCGGGCAACCUCCAGGAGCUCAUCACCAAGCCUGGCGCAAUCCUGAGUAUGCUCAAGGCUAUUGUAAAUGCGCUCAAGCUGCGUUGGCCCGCCUUUAUUGGCACCAACGUGAUUUGGAGUAUAGCCAUCUUUUUGCUGCUUUUCGUGCUUUGGUACUGCCACAAACGUGGGCGUGAGGUUCGCCUCGAGGGAGAACGGACGACCGAGGCAGGUGACCGGAUCGAGGAGCUGCCUGACGACCCUCUACUUCCAGCUCCACCGGCUGGCGAAGCUUCGGGAUCUGCCUCAUCGCCCAAGCUGCCGCAACCACCUGUAGGUGAGGGUAGCGGUAGCAAAUGA